AUGGCUGGCGCGGACGAGACGCUCGCGGCCGCUACUGCCAUGCUCAGGGAGCUCGCCAGAGAAUCCCCCGGUGCUCCCCCUUUCGACUUUGAGUUUUCCCACACCUCUACCAAUGGUUGCGACUCGAAAGUGGCCAAGCUUCCAGGAGAAAAGAGCGCGGCAAAGGCGGCUUUCGAACAGGAAUUGGAGGCUCUAGUCCGACGAGUUCAUCAUCUGGAAUUUCAAUCUGUCAGUCAUCGAUCACCCCCAGGAAUCACCUUGAAGGCCUUUCAGCCCACCCUCGUCCCUAGCGAGAACGAUUCUGAGACCCCUUGGGCAUUUGGCCUUCCACGCUUGGCCUCCUCUGACGGUUCUGACUCUUCUUGUCUUAUACAGCAGCACAACCCACACCGCUCCCAUGGAUCAAGGCGCUCAGCUCCCGGACCGGAAGAUGGCGAAGCGGAGGAAGAUAUCGAUGAUGAGGACAGCGAUGAGGACGAGGACCUGGGCUCAAGGACACGUCUAGUACGCGAAGAGGACAUCAGUUACUUACGCAAUCAUGUGCAGAAACAGGCGGAGGAAAUAAGUUUCCAGAAGGACAUCAUCGCUCAAGUGCGGGAUGAGUUACAGCAGCAAGAGGAGCAAACACGCCGGGCCCUCACCAAGGUGGAAAACGAAGAUGUCGUGCUGCUCGAGCGAGAGCUACGCAAGCACCAACAGGCCAACGAGGCUUUCCAGAAAGCGCUACGAGAAAUUGGUGGAAUUAUCACCCAGGUCGCCAACGGUGAUCUGUCGAUGAAGGUGCAGAUCCAUCCUCUGGAGAUGGACCCCGAAAUCGCCACCUUCAAACGUACGAUAAACACCAUGAUGGACCAGCUGCAAGUCUUUGGUAGUGAGGUGUCCCGAGUCGCCCGCGAGGUCGGUACCGAAGGUAUACUCGGUGGUCAGGCGCAGAUUACAGGGGUGCAUGGUAUCUGGAAGGAAUUGACGGAGAACGUCAACAUAAUGGCCAAGAAUCUCACGGAUCAGGUCCGUGAGAUCGCUGCAGUCACCACGGCUGUCGCCCACGGAGACUUGAGCCAGAAGAUCGAAAGUCGGGCUCAGGGUGAAAUUUUGGAACUUCAACAGACGAUUAAUACUAUGGUGGACCAACUUCGGACAUUCGCUACGGAAGUAACGCGAGUCGCGCGUGAUGUCGGUACGGAAGGUGUACUCGGUGGACAGGCUCAGAUCGAAGGGGUACAAGGCAUGUGGAAUGAACUUACGGUAAACGUCAACGCCAUGGCGAACAACUUAACAACACAAGUGCGAGAUAUUGCGACAGUUACCAAGGCAGUCGCAAAGGGUGACCUGACACAAAAGGUCCAGGCCAACUGCAAAGGAGAAAUCGCGGAGCUGAAGAAUAUCAUCAAUUCCAUGGUGGAUCAACUGCGUCAAUUCGCCCAGGAGGUCACCAAAAUCGCGAAGGAGGUCGGUACGGACGGUGUUCUGGGUGGUCAAGCAACCGUUAAUGAUGUGGAGGGCACGUGGAAGGAUCUGACGGAGAACGUCAAUCGAAUGGCAAACAAUUUGACCACACAGGUCAGAGAAAUCGCAGAUGUCACCACGGCCGUCGCCAAAGGUGAUUUGACUAAGAAGGUCACCGCCAAUGUCCAGGGUGAAAUACUCGAUCUCAAGAGCACGAUUAACGGCAUGGUGGACCGGUUGAAUACCUUCGCCUUCGAAGUCAGCAAGGUCGCUCGAGAAGUCGGCACGGACGGUACCUUGGGUGGGCAAGCCAAGGUUGACAAUGUAGAAGGAAAGUGGAAGGAUCUCACCGACAAUGUCAACACCAUGGCCCAGAAUUUGACUUCCCAGGUGCGAAGUAUCUCGGACGUCACACAAGCUAUUGCCAAGGGUGAUCUUAGCAAGAAGAUUGAGGUGCACGCUCAGGGAGAAAUCCUAACGCUGAAGGUUACCAUCAAUCACAUGGUGGACCGAUUGGCCAAAUUCGCAACUGAACUGAAGAAGGUCGCACGCGAUGUCGGGGUGGACGGCAAGAUGGGUGGUCAGGCCAACGUGGAAGGAAUCGCAGGAACAUGGAAGGAGAUCACGGAGGACGUGAAUACCAUGGCCGAGAACUUGACAUCUCAAGUACGUGCCUUUGGUGAGAUCACUGAUGCUGCAACCGACGGAGAUUUCACCAAGCUUAUCACGGUCAACGCUUCGGGGGAGAUGGACGAGCUGAAGCGCAAGAUCAAUAAGAUGGUUUCCAACCUCCGAGACAGUAUUCAGCGUAACACGGCGGCCAGGGAGGCAGCCGAGUUGGCUAAUCGCACCAAGUCUGAGUUCCUGGCGAAUAUGAGUCACGAAAUCCGGACUCCCAUGAACGGCAUCAUCGGUAUGACGCAGUUGACGCUGGAUACGGAUGAUCUCAAGCCUUAUACACGCGAGAUGCUGAAUGUCGUGCAUAACCUUGCCAAUAGUUUACUGACUAUCAUUGACGACAUACUCGAUAUCUCGAAGAUCGAGGCGAACCGCAUGGUCAUCGAAAGCAUUCCGUUCACUGUGAGGGGCACUGUCUUCAACGCCCUGAAGACCUUGGCAGUGAAGGCCAACGAGAAGUUCCUCAGCCUUACCUACCAGGUUGAUAACACUGUUCCUGACUAUGUCAUCGGUGAUCCUUUCCGUCUGCGCCAGAUUAUCUUGAACUUGGUCGGCAAUGCGAUCAAAUUCACUGAGCAUGGAGAGGUGAAGCUUACUAUCUGCAAGUCGGAUAGAGAGCAAUGUGCAGCAGACGAAUAUGCUUUCGAGUUCUCUGUAUCCGAUACAGGAAUUGGUAUCGAAGAAGACAAGUUGGAUCUCAUCUUUGACACUUUCCAGCAAGCGGAUGGCUCCACAACGCGGAGAUUCGGUGGAACUGGUCUCGGGUUGUCCAUUUCGAAACGCCUGGUCAACUUGAUGGGUGGUGACGUCUGGGUCACGUCCGAGUAUGGUCAUGGCAGCACGUUCCAUUUCACUUGCGUGGUGAAAUUGGCCGACCAGUCCCUGAGUGUCAUUGCGUCGCAACUCCUGCCGUAUAAACACCACCGGGUUCUCUUCAUUGACAAGGGAGAGAACGGCGGCCAGGCUGAGAAUGUCAUGAAAAUGCUCAAGCUGAUCGAUCUAGAGCCUAUCGUCGUGCGCAAUGAAGACCAUGUACCGCCACCCGAGAUUCAAGAUCCCUCUGGCAAGGAGUCUGGUCAUGCCUACGAUGUCAUUAUCGUGGACUCCGUUGCAACUGCUCGAUUGCUGCGGACAUUUGAUGACUUCAAAUAUGUCCCUAUUGUCCUCGUCUGCCCCUUGGUGUGUGUAAGCUUGAAGUCCGCCCUCGACCUCGGUAUCAGCUCAUACAUGACGACGCCAUGUCAACCAAUUGAUCUCGGCAACGGUAUGCUGCCUGCUCUGGAAGGUCGUUCCACGCCUAUCACCACCGAUCAUUCCCGUUCGUUCGACAUUCUACUGGCAGAAGACAACGAUGUCAAUCAGAAGUUGGCCGUCAAGAUUCUGGAGAAGCACAACCACAAUGUCUCUGUUGUCAGUAACGGUCUCGAGGCUGUCGAAGCCGUGAAGCAGCGUCGUUACGAUGUCAUCUUGAUGGAUGUACAGAUGCCGGUGAUGGGUGGUUUCGAGGCCACCGGAAAGAUUCGUGAAUAUGAAAGGGAGAGCGGUCUCAGUCGAACCCCCAUCAUUGCGUUGACGGCGCACGCUAUGUUGGGUGAUCGAGAGAAAUGCAUUCAAGCCCAGAUGGAUGAGUAUCUGUCCAAGCCUCUGAAGCAGAACCAAAUGAUGCAAACUAUCUUGAAGUGCGCCACCUUGGGUGGCUCGCUUCUGGAGAAGAGCAAAGAGUCGCGAAUCUCGAGUAGCGGCGAAAUGCAUCCGGUCCACCACAGUGCCGCUGAUGGUAAGCAUCAGCGUCCAGGUAUGGAGGCAAGAGCCUUGACCGCAUCAGGCACCAUGAAUGGUGGUAGUCUGGCAAGCCCGACGCUGGAGAAGGAAGACCUGACCAUGGAAAGGGCACUGUUGCGGUCCAACAGCUCGUGA